CCACCCCCAAUACUCGAAUAUGUAGGAUUACUCGAGAAUCAUAUACUUCUUGCAUCAAUCAAGUCUGCCUGCUACCUCACUUGCUAUGAUCGUGUAUUGUGCGAAGCGGUUUCUCUUUCUGCAAACGUUGCUUCACUUCCUCCUCCGGUUUGGCACAUCACUGGACGCCAUAACUACCGGCCAAAUCAUUAGAGACGGACCAGACGUUGGUGCGGUUUUAGUCUCUAGAGGAGAAAUCUUUGCGCUUGGUUUCUUUACUCCCGGUAAGUCCACCCACCGCUAUGUUGGGAUUUGGUAUUAUAGGCCUCCAGGAAAACCCGUGGUGUGGGUUGCAAACAGAGACACUCCUAUUAACGACAAUUCUGGAGUUCUCUCAAUUGAUGUUCAUGGAAACCUGGUACUCCACGCCAGCAAUCGGAGCACACCCAUCUGGUCCACAAAUCUUGUCUCGGAAUCAGGAAACAUUAGUACUCUCGCUCGGCUCGAGGACUCGGGAAAUCUAGCCUUGAUCAGUGACAAUGGAAGAGGGGAGGUACUAUGGGAAAGCUUUGACCAUCCAACAAACACCCAGCUUCCACAAAUGAAAAUCGGGAUUGACCGGAGGACGGGUCUGAACCGGGUCCUAACAUCUUGGAAGUCCAAAGAUGACCCGGGGACUGGAAAUUGGUCGUACAAGAUCCACACCAACGGCACCCCUCAGUUGUUCUUGUACAACAAAGACGUUCUGCGGUGGCGCUCCGGUCAUUGGACUCGCCUUGGAUGGAGCGGCGUACCCACCUUGAUAGCCAAUAAUCUCUUCAGUUUCAGCUUGGUGGACAACCAGAGUGAGACUACCGCGGCCUGGAGUAGUAUCGCCGCACCCGCGCCCUACAAUGUAAUCUUAUCAAUGUUAGUCUUAAACGAGUCCGGAUUACUCCAGCGGUCUUUGCUCCGGAAGGGAGAGAAAACCUGGCUUCCUCUGGGCUCAGUACCCUAUCCCGAUGGGUGCGACACUUACGGCGAGUGUGGUGCGUUUGGUAACUGCAAUUUUACCGUUGCUAACGAUUCCAAGUGCUCUUGUCUACCGGGGUUCCUGAGAAAUGCAUCAGGCGGGUGCAUGAGGAAGCGUGGAGAGGCGUCCCUAUGCCGGAGCGGUGAAGGCUUCGUGAGGGUGCCCGGCGUGAAGGUUCCGGAUACUUCAGUAGCAAGAGUUAACCGGAAUGUAAGUUUCGGAGAUUGUGGAGAAGUGUGCUUGCAGGAUUGUUCUUGCUUGGCUUAUGCAAGUGUGGAUAUUCAAGAGGAAGGAGGGUGCAUAACAUGGCAUGGAGAUUUGAUAGAUACAAGAAUGUUUAAGGAAUGGGGCCAAAACCUGUACGUACGUGUGGAUGCGCUCGAGUUAGGAAAGAAGUCAGAGGGGUUCUUUGCUAAUAAGAGGAGGCUGGCAAUUGUGGUGGUGGCCAUACUUGUUACUUCAAUAUUUCUUGUUCUACUCUUUGCCCACUGGUUGAUAAAGAGGAAGAGAAAAGGGAGCAGAAGACAAUUCGCAUUGUUUAACGAUGUUACUACUAGUUCACCAUCCUUUCAAAAUACUGCAAAACUUGAUGAAACUAGUAGAAAACCAGAUGUACAAUUUUUUGAUUUGAGCACCAUAAUCGCUGUCACAGACAAUUUCUCCCCAGCUAAAAGGCUCGGACAAGGUGGUUUUGGCCCGGUCUACAAGGGUCAACUAGCCAAUGGACAGGAAAUAGCGGUGAAAACACUCUCAAGAAGUUCAAAACAGGGCACAGAAGAAUUUAAGAAUGAAGUUAAGCUGAUUGCAAAACUCCAGCAUAGGAAUCUUGUGAGGCUUUUUGGUUGUUGCAUCCACCAAAAAGAGAAGAUGUUGAUCUAUGAAUACAUGCCAAACAAAAGCCUAGACUUUUUCAUCUUCGACGAAAUAAGAAGGAAAUUGCUAGAUUGGAGGAAGCGAUUUGAAAUUAUUUCUGGAAUUGCUCGAGGAGUCUUAUAUCUUCACCAAGAUUCAAGGCUAAAAAUCAUCCACAGAGAUCUAAAAGCGAGUAACGUACUACUGGAUGCAGCAAUGAAUCCAAAAAUUUCAGAUUUUGGGUUAGCUAGAAUGUUUGGUGAUGAUCAAAGUGAAGCAAAUACAAUAAAAGUUGUUGGCACAUAUGGAUACAUGUCGCCAGAGUAUGCAAUGGAAGGGCUAUAUUCUAUAAAAUCAGAUGUCUUCAGCUAUGGAGUCUUGACACUAGAAAUAAUUAGUGGCAAGAGAAACAAUUAUCAUCAUGUUGGAAGUCCUAGCCUAAAUUUGAUUGGACAUGUAUGGGACUUUUGGAUAGAAGAAAAAGCCUUGGAAAUAGUCGAUUCAUUAUUGGGUCAGGAAUAUCCUACUCAAGAAGUUUUGAGAUGUAUUCAAAUAGGGCUCUUAUGUGUGCAAGAACAAGCCACAGAUCGACCAACCAUGCUUGAAAUUCUCUUCAUGCUUGGAAAUGAAGCAACUGUUCCAUCUCCUAAGAAGCCAGCAUUUAUCAACAGACCCAUAAAUUCUGGUCCGGAUUCCUCAGGUUCUAAAGGAGCACCUGCUUCUCUAAAUGAGAUGACCAUCACCAUGCCUGAAGGUCGUUGAAGUCUUCUCUCAUGAUCAUCAUUUAUGUGCCCUAAACUUGUUGCAGUCUGCUCUCAUCAGUUGAACUAUAUGAUCCCUAGAUUUGAAAAAUUGAUCUGUAAAAUUAUAAAUGUUGAGUACCUUAGUGUUUCUAUGUUCUAUCGUUCAAAUUUCAAGACGUGAAAUUGAUUUUCGUGACCAAAUUUGAGUCAGUAGUAAAUUAACUUUAUUGUCCCCAAUAAACUGAUUCAGUCUCAUAUACCCAAUUGUUGGGAAAUAUUUCCAAUAGU